CAAUUGUAUUUGCAAGUAGCACCAACACUAAAUAAAAUACAAAGAGAAGACUUGAAAACGAAAUUUAAACUGUCCGAUUCCUUUGGGGUAUGAAUGAAUAUAUGACUCAAGGAACAAACAAAGAGGCCAAAGAAGAGAGAACAUCAAACCAUCCAUCAAAAUACUUGUAAGGCAUUGCGUGCUACACAAAGCAAUUCCCACCAAAAUCAUCUCUCCAAGGAAACAAGAACAUGAAGCAAAAGAUUCUGAUAAGAGUGAGCAUGACAGAUGAUAAAACCCGAGCAAGAGCAAUGAACAAAGCAGUUCAGUUUACAGGCGUGACGGCAGUAGAAAUCAAGGGGGAUCACAGGAACCAGAUAGAGGUCACUGGGGAUGAAGUGGAUAUGAUCGCCCUAACGAGAAAACUGAGGAAACAGGUAGCAUUUGCAGAGCUAGUAAGCGUAAGCAAAGUCGAACCCCCAAAGAAACCAGAUGAGAAAAAGGACGGCGAUAAAAAGGAGGGCGAUAAAAAAGAGGGCGAGAAGAAGCAAGAAGAAAAGAAGAACGAGGAGAAAAAGCCCGCACCUUGCUGUCCAUGGCCUCAUGGAUAUGGCGUGCCUUGCUAUCCCUAUCCCUACCAGUGCAAUCCCAACCAGUUACUCAUCGGGGAACCUGUUUACAACCACGAACCCCCUUGCACGAUCAUGUGAAACAGGUUGCAGUGGAAUAUCAUACAAAGUGUUUGUAACUACGACCAAGAAUGUUUUCUAUUUCAAGAAUUCAUGUGUACAUGCAUUGCAUUCAACCAUAUUCAUCCCAUGGAUAAAGCUUUGAGCUUAAUCUAUCAUACUACUAUAUGUGAAAGUUAA